AUGAAAGAUCUCCAUCUCUUCUUUCUCUUCCUGUUCUUAUUAUCUCUGCUUUCUUCCCAUGUUAGUAGCUUGAGGCCCAUCAAAGGUAAUGGCUUUGAUGAGAAAAAGGUAAAGUGCAAGCCAGGAGAAGAUGGUGGUGAUAAAGGGCGAGGGGAGAAUUUGGGUGGUUAUGGAGGUGUAGGAGGUAAUGGUGCACCAGGAGGGGGAGAGUCGGGCGAUGGAAGAGGCCAGGUGACGCCAGGAGUUGGGGGUGGUAGUGUUGGAGGCAGAGGGAAAGGUGAUAAAUGUGGUGGUUGUGGGGGUGUUGGAGGGAGUGGUGCACCUGGAGGAGGCGGUGAUUCUGGUGAUGGAAGAGGUAAAGCCGUGCCAGGAGUUGGGGGUGGUAGCGGUGGGGCACCGGGUGUUAGUGGGGGUGAUGGUGGUGUAAGUGGGGGAGAUAAGGGUGGUGGCGGGAAUGGCGGAGAAAGUGGUAAUGGUUCGAUUGGAGGUGGUGGUGGGAAUGAUGGAAAUGGUGGUGCUGGAGGGAGUGGAGGAAAAGAAGGAGGAGGUGGAGGAGGAUUUGGGGGUGGAGGUGGAGGUGGCAUGGGUGGUGGGGGUGGAGGAGGGUUCGGAGGUGGUGGAGGGUAUGGAGAUGGUGGUGGGGGUGGAGGAGGAUUUGGAGGUGGUGGUGGGUUUGGGGGAGGUGGGGUUGGUGGAUUUGGAGGGGGUUUUGGUGGAGGUGGAGGUGGAGGUGGUCAUGGGCGCUGA